AAACGUUACCAUAAUUUGCAAUUUAUGUUGUGAAACAUAAAUAGAUUGUGUCAAUACAUAAAUACAUUUAUUAAUUAUCGUCUUAUAUAUUAUUAAUAGUAUUGAUGUCGUUGAUAUAUAAUUGUUUACUUGUUUAUACAAAUAAUCGUUGUUUGUUACUUUGUAAGGCUUAAGAUAUGAGUGACAGUAAUAUAACAUAACCUUAAACUUGCAAUAAAACAUAAAAUUGUUAAUGUACUACAAAACAGUUAAAAUGUAACGAUUAUAUAACUUUAUUAAAAAUGGCUGAUGUAAGGCUACUUAUACAAGAAGAAGGUCGGGCAGCUAGGAAUUUGAUAGCUUUUAAUGUACCAGUUGGAACAAACAAUACCGAAAAGGUUACCAAAAAACCACCUAGUGUUCCAAGAGUAUCACAGACAAACACUACUAAAAGAUCUAUGAAACCAACACCUAGAGUCAGAUCAGCUUCUACUGGUCGGGAUAAAAAAUCUGAAUUACAGGCAAGGUACUGGGCAUUCUUAUUUGGUAAUUUGCAAAGAGCAGUAGAUGGCAUUUAUCAAACAUGCGAAGAAGAUGAAAAUAUUUCUGAGUGUAAAGAAGUAAUAUUAGUUUUAGAAAAUUAUACCAGAGAUUUCCAUAAUUUGAUUGAAUGGUUUAAGGUUAAAUGGGCCUAUGAAAAUUCGCCACCACCCUUAAGACGUACUCCUUUAGCUUGGGAAGUUAGAAAAACUUCUCCUUGUCGAAUAUGGAAUUCCACAAUGAUUCCAAAAUCUACCAGUCCUUUACAAAGAAUGAGUCCCACAGAAUCUGUUUGUAGAAGCCCUGUGGAUCAAAUUAUUUCAGAAAAUAAAUCUGUUACUGCAGACAAUACAGCAAAUCAUAUAAAAGGAGAAUCUGUGCACAAGUUAAUAAAGGAUAAUAAAGGUAAUAUUCCCAAAAAUAAUAUGACAAACUUAGGCGAAAAAUAUAAAAAUUCAAUAGAUAAAGGAAUAAAUCAAUCAUUGAAUAAAGAUAAAUUAACCACAAUAAAAAUAAAUAAAACUUUGGUAAAACAUACUGUAGCUACUAAAACUAAUAACAGCAUUACUACAGACCAAAAAGCAAAUGAAAGUUUAUCUCGUGAAAUGAAAGGUAAAUUAGAUACUAAAAGUGCAUCUAAAUCAGUUAAAGCUGGAAUGCAUUAUGCUACCACUAAAAUAACAGAUUCUAAUGUGAUAACUGAAAAGAAUGAACAAACAGUUUGUAAUGAUAAAGAUGUACAAUUAACUUCUACAUUGACAGAAAAGGAAUUUUCUAAAUCUAAUAGCAUAGAUAAUAAAUUGAAUUCUCAAAAUAAUUUUCAAGUGAAGCCAUUGGGUCUUAAAAAUGAUAUAGGGCUAGGAAAAAAUGAAAUCAAUUCUAAAGUAAAAAGACAAGCUACAGAAAAAAAUAUUAAAAAUGUUGGUAUAGAAAAUGUUGCAACUGAAAAUAAAAUGACAGAAUCCAAUAGCGUAACAAAAGAAAAUAGUAACACUAUGGUGAAUAAAAACAUACAGAAUAUUACAAAGGUUUCAAACAAAAUUAACCAAAAAUUAAAAAAGCAAUCAAGUGUUAAUGAUAGUGCAAACAAUAAAACUCCAACAAAGCUUAUAUCCGAUACAUCAACCAGUAAUUCAUGUAAGGGAUUAGUUAAUACAAAUAAACCAGCAUAUUCUACGGUAUCGCAAAUGAAGGUUAUUAAACCAAAACAACCAUGCCUCCUAGAAACUCCGAAAUUUGUUAGAAGCAAAACAACAUUAAGCGACAAAAAUACAUCAAUUUCAAAUAAAGCAAGACCUGGAACAUCCGUUAUAGUUAGGCAACGAUUUCAAUCAAUCGACGAUAAGAUUUCAGAACAAAGUCUAUUAAAAAAAGAUCAGAAUAGAGAUAUAAAUGGUUCUGUAGAGGUAUUAACAAAACAGACGCAUGUAAAAACAAAAGAGGAAGCUGACGGUUGGCAAACGGUCCGUAGCCGUUAUAGAAGAGGCAGUACAUACAACUUAAAUAUGUCUACAAGAUUUCAUAAGCCAAGUACUGCAACAUCGUUACCGGCGUUAUCGAUUGAAAGUCCUUCUGAAAAAAAUAAAAAGAAUUGUUUAACUCCAGAUGGAAAUGGCAAACAGAAACGGAAAUGUAUUGUAGAAAAAGAAGGAAAAAAUAUAAGUAACGAGGUAGAAAAAGUUAAAGGAGAAUCAGUCGUAAACCUUACGAUUAAAGAUAAGGUAGAAGAAGUUUUCAAGAACACUGCUAAUUUAAACGAAAUAAAUUCUACAUCAAUGAUCGCAGCUAUUUUCAAAAAUGAUGCGGAAUUACUUGAAAAACGUAUACAACAAUUUAUGGCUGCACAAGCAGAAAGAGAGAGAAUAAUUUUAGAAGAGGAAAGGAAGACAGAGGAAGCUGAUUCGCAACGAUCGCAACAGUUAUCAGAUGAAGAAGCGUCCUUACAUAGACAAAUUUUAGAAUUAGAAUGUGGUGAAACUGAUGUUGACACUGAAACUGAUGAAACAGAUGGUGAAACGGUCCUUGAAAUGGAAGACGAGCAAAGAACAUCUCCUAAUACAAUGCCUGAUGAUGUUAGUUUAGAAGAUAGAUACGAAAAUGUGUUAGAGGGAAUGUCUUGGUCAGACUGUGUGGAUACGCUUGCUCAGUUACGUGCAUUAGUUGCUCGUCAUCCUGGUAGAGCUUUAGAAUUACAUCAGAAAUUAUCGUCCCCAUCUCGAAAGAGAUCGUUACCUGAGACGUUACGACGGUACCAAGCAAAACAAGCUUGUGCGCAACAUAAACGUCAAAAACUUUUAAUGGAAAAGUCGCAAAGAUUACGAGAAUUGUUGAAUAAAGUGAAAGAUGUCAAAAGUGCAAAGAACCAAUUAAUAGAAGACAAAAGAAUUAGAAUGGAAACAAAGUUAAAAAAGGCAGAAGAAAAUAGAACGCAACAUUUGUUAGAAAUAGUAAGAAAAGCUCACGACGAAGAUUCUAAGUUAAAAGAAAUUGCAUUUAUUAAUGAACUUGAAGCACAAAACAAGAGACACGAUUUUAUGGCGCUAUGUCAAGAACAAGAAGAAAGAUUACAAGGAAUUCAAGAAGAACGCCAACGCCGGCAGGAAGAAAAAGCUGCUAAGGAAGCUGCGGCCGAAGAACGUAGACGUGCUUUGGAAGCGGAACGGCAGUUGCGUAUUCAGAAAAUGAAACAAGCUCGUCGUGAACGCGAAGAAAGGGUCGGUAAGAUGCAGUUAGAGAGAGAAAAAGAACGUCAGGAACUUGCAAGAGAAAAAGCAAGGGAUAGAGAAGAACGCUUAUCUGCUCUUCAUGCAGCGCAGUUAGCAAAUCAGGAGGAACUACAGAAGAAAAUAGCUCAAAAACAGCAAGAAUCAGCUAGAAGGCACGUUGAAAACAUAGAACACAUUCGACAAAGAGCAGUUGAAUCUUCUAUUUUAAGGUCGGAAGAAGUUCCACCUACGUUAAAAUCAUAUCCUGCUCAAAAACAAUGUUCUUUAUGCGGAACUCUAAUACCCAAUGAGGUAUACCUGUUGAGCCAUUUAAAAGGGAAAACACACGUCGAAGCAGUACGGAACACACACGAUGGUCGAGAGCCAUCACGAGAUGAAUUGCAGCGCUUCAAUAUAUCUCAAAUUCGCGAUGUCCCAAUUUCAGUCGUUGAUAAUAAUAGUUCGAACGAGGUUAAAGCUGCAAAAGAGAAACAAAAAGCUUUAAAACGACGAUGCAGAAAAAUGAAACAGCGUAUGAUUCUGCGAGGUAAAGAAUGGGAAGACAAUCAUAAAACAGAUGCGAAUCAAUCUAUCGAGUCGACUAAUAAAGCAAAGUUUCGUCGAAAUUUGAAAGAAUUGGAUCGAUUGUACAACAAUCAUUCAAAGACAGCUUGGUCAAGCGUGGCCAUCGCUUCUUUAGAACGUUCAUUGGGUGAAAUAACAAGAGCUUAUUCAAAAUUGUGUUCGUUCGAUCAAAUUGUAUUUCGAGUUUUAAAUGGAUUCGAUAUUUUAACUAAUCUAUUGAAUUUGGGACUGCAAACACAAACCGCAUCUCAUAAUUUACCAAACAAAAGCAUCCUUUCGGUAUGCCGUGUAUUUAAAUUAAGCGUCAGUGAGAAUGAUACCAACAUCGAAGCAGUUUUGUCAAGUAACAAAAUUCUGGUCAUCUUGGAUCUUCUGCUUCAGCAUUUAGAGACACUUGCGAAACUCGACGACCAGGUGCAAGUGCAGGAGGCAUCCGGUAACUCGACCGGAAGUGGAAUCGUAGCCAGCAGCCUGAUGCAAUUGCUGUGCACUUUGGUCCCGGAGGAGCCUUUCGAAAAAUCGGCAUUGCAAACGCGGGUCCAGGAUAUUGCCGGGUACUUGGUAGCAGGUGGAUUGGUAGACCGAGUGUUUCGUCACAGUCGAGCUCUGAUCGAAACCGACUUUUUCGUGGAUCAGGAUCACGAAUCGCCAGUUUUGUCGUCGUCGUACGAUCUACUUUAUCGCAUCUGUUGCCAUUUAAAGAAAUCAACGGAUCAAGAUGUGGGAAAUAUUCACGAGAGCAACAACAACGUCGAGCAGACCAACGUCGAGUCGCACCUUCUCUCGACGCUGGCCUCGGCCGAAGCUGCGGGGGCGAUCGGUGCACUUUACGCUGCAGUUGCACUCACACCGCAAAAUCAGAAAGGAUCCUCUCCGACUCCUAAUCAGAUUACGGUAUCCCAGCCUAUAAGGAUUCUGAUCGUUCGCAGCCUUAGGCUACUUAAAUCGAUCGCAGGGCUCAACAUUCAGAAAUUACAGAAUCUCCUAGGAGCAGAAGGUACCAACCUGCAAUGGCGACUGAUAGCUAGUCAUGUGAUAACCCGAUUAUCACGAGAUCCAAUAUCGCACAAGUCGGAAAUUGGAUCUGCGCAGAACACUAGUGGUACUUACAUCCUGUCAGAACUGUUCCAGGUUCUAGGAUAUUUUGCAGUUAACAACCCGGAAAAUCAGUUGGUACUUCAAUCGGUUGGAGCAGGACCAAGCGUUCUUCAGCAACUGUGUACUCUUCCAUUUCCGUUCUACGGUGCUCCAGGAUUGACGUCAUAUAUUUUCCCGACACUCUUGGCAGCCACGCAUCAAAAUCCAGAGGCUACAGCAAUCCUGUCUUGCGAAUUAUCUUAUCAGCUGCUGGAGGAGUACAGAAAUUCGGACGAUGGUAAGCUAAAUCCGUUGGUCCGUUUGCUGAAGGACUCGGUUGAUCCAUAAUCGUCCCAAUUACGAUUCUAUUAGUUCGUUUAAGUUUCUUCAAAUAUCUUCGUUACACGCGAUAAACUCCGUGGACGUAGUUAACCGCAGGACCAUCGUUUCUAUUCCGUUCGAAGAAGGUUCGGGGAACAGUUUUAAGAAAAUUGUUGUUAGGUACGUCCAUCGUUGGAAAGCUGUCUCGAGGCUGGUACUCGACAUUGCAACCUAUUUAUACCGAAUGCACGUGCUAUUACAUACACGGUGGGUAACUGUAAAAAUUCGAAUCGAAUUGGCGAAGAGACUAGGAGGCGAAAUUUUUACCACGAUCCUAUCACUUUUAACGGCCGACCAAUCGAAGGGUUUUUUUGCAGAAAGCAAUAAUUGCGAAGAAAUGCAUUCUAAUGCAUCUCUUUUUUUUUUAUUCCUUUAAACGUCAUUCGAGCGUUCAACUUUCAAUCGCUAUUGCGAAAAUCAAUAAUGCUGCUAACGAUCGUCGAUUCGUGAGUUCUCCUCGACGUCAUAAACGCUUAUCUUCAACGCGUAGUGUAGAAUCCUCGAAACGUUUAUACAAAUGCAAAAUUUCGUACGAUAAGCGUAUAUGCUUGUUAUCGAAAGUCGUUGACGCAUUGCACGCGUUGAAAUCACUUCUACAUGUUUCUUUACUUUAUGCUCGCGUCUGUGAUAAUUUCUUCUCCUCGUAUGCUUAUUUUAAUAAAAUUCUAACGUUCGCAACGUGAUACGCGGCACAAGCUACGAAGUUCAAAAAUGAAAGGAAGAAUCUUUGUUUUCUUAAUUACUACGAUUUUAUCACAUUGAAAUUCCUUUUCCGUGACUUUUCUUUAUCAAAGCUUGCCGAUUAUUUUAGCAGCGCUUUCAAUAUACAGCUUCCACGGUCUUCCUAUUUUAUAUAGAGAUAAAUGAAAUGUAAAUAGCGACGAAACGUUCGAAAAUAUGUGCUUUCUACCUGCGUACAAAUUAUAAUUUCUCUCUGUGUAAUUUGCCGAGCUCUAGAUCGGUAAAUGAAGUAGCAUACUUUUUCGUGAUCGACUCUUUGCUUCCUUUUUUGCGAUCAUUUCAGUUCUUCUAGUCGUUCAAGAAUGACACUUUCUAGUCUUAGGCUUUUUUCCUACGGACAUUAUUUACAACGUGAUGGAAUCAUAUUUUACACAGCUUUUCUGUUUGCGUUAUUAAUCAUAUUUUUCCGUGUGACUUCGUAUCACAUCACACGACAAAAAUGAUAAGCGUUUAUUUAUAAAUAUUAUUUUCUUUCUUCCCGCAACUUUUCGGUUGUUAGCUCUAAGAUAUUUAUUUUUGUUGUUUCUCGAGGCGAAUCGUUUUUAAAAUACCAAAUGAUGAAAAAAUUGCGUUAAUAUCGUAUUUUUUUGGAUACUCGUUACGAAUACAAAUUUUAUUAGGAAAUAUUUUGCUUAGACGAACGAGAUAACGAGAAAAAUUCAUUUGUUUCUGUACAAAAACUCUUCGGUUCCCUUUCAAUUUCGUGAUGGACGCACGUAAGCGAACAAUUUUCAUGCUUCAGACAUCGUCGUUGAUAUUGCCACUUUAUUUGGUAAAUAUAAUUGAUAUUAAUUAUACAAUCGUGAGUUAGAAUUAUCCGUUAAGAAAGUAAACUGAUUAUUUCUGAUUUCGCUAUUUCACCGUGUAAUCGUUCGCUAUUGCGUCGAAGAUACAAAACUCGGCAAGUCCGUUUCGCUCGCAACGUUAACGAAGUGCAAGCCAGCGAAAUACUCGUUGCCAUGUUUUCGCAAAUUCUCUCCACUUGCCGCGAAAUAUUCGACGCUUCGAAAGAAAACUCGUCGACCUUUUCGUUUUCGUUGCGUCAUCGUUGGAACGAUUUCCGAACGGAUAUUCAACUGAAACAUUUCACGGGACAUUAAAACGAUUAAAAGCGUGCUUUCGUUCCCGUGUUCCCAAUUACAGUCGUUCAUGCAUUUUUAGUCAAACAGCGUAAUUUCCGUUGAAAACUGCUAAAGAAAAAAAAGAAAAAAAAAAAGUAUCAGGUGGAAACGAGUUUAAAACGGACUUGCGUGUUUUUGAAUCUAGUCCGGUCAGCGAUUCGCAGGCUUUAUAACCUUACGAUCGUAAUUAUAUUUGUACGUUUAGUACGUAGCGUAUACUUGUUUCUCUCGUUUUCACGCGUGCCAAUAAUUCGUGCAAAUGAACGUGUCUUUUGAACGGGCCUUUUAAACGUUUUUAGCUGUCGUGCAAUGAUCGAGCUACGACUCGUUAGAAUUAGAAUAACGUAUCUCUGUGCGUAUGUGAAACCACGUGAACCGUACCGAGACGAUACAAAUUUCUGCCCUUUUUACUCUGUAAGAUGUGCCAAACGCAGUAGCCGAUCCAGCUAACGUCAAAAAGUAAAACAAAAAAAAAAAGGAAAAAAGAGAGAGAGAGAGAGAGAGCAGGAAAAGGCUCGAAAGGCAAGAAAAAGACGUUUGAGAAACCCAAGAUGUUAUCGUGUAUCGGCACUUUUGACACACUUUACAUCGUAAAAAUGCAGAAAUUUCUGUGCUUUAAAGCGCACAUCCUUUUUCCUGCUUCGUUUCGUCGAGAUGAAGAUUGUCACAGGAGUUAUAUGACAAGGAUACGCGGUGGUGGUUCUCAGUUUCGUUACGAUUUUUUACCACGAUAGUUUUCUUGCAACUCGGCCACGACAAAUAAACGAAUAACAAAAAAAAGCAAUAAACAGAUCACGGUAUAGCAAUUUUGCUAAUUGAGAUCCAUCCGUUUGAAAAAUUCGUAAAGUUUCUUUAGCGGAGAAUUUUUAGGAUAACGUGUGCUCUCGCUUCGUUAUUUAGUGGCAAUCAUACUUUUCGCGAGUCUCGCAUAAACGCAUGUACGUAUUUAAUCAAGAUUGAUUAUAUAUGAUAAAUGUUUAUUUAUAAGAAAUCGAAGGCAUAUUUUAAUUUAAGUAUACCAGCAACGCAUUCAGCGCUACACAAUUUCCUUUUUCGUUUAUCGUUGUUUCUCUUUAUUUACACGUUUUACUUGACGUCUUCUUUCGUUGUUUCUUGCUCCAAUCGUAUCUCGUUUUCUUUUUUGUUCACACCUCGCUUGUUCUCUGGUACAUUCUCUAUUUCUAACGACAAUUAUUUCGAGGAAAUUCAAAUUUGAGGAAAUAAGAUGCGAAAACCUUUGAUACUUCGUAAGACAACACGAUGUCUUACAUUCCAGAAGAUGUACAUUCCAUUCCACUACGCGUACAACUAAAAAUUCACGUCGAAAUAUCUAAAGUAUCCGUGACUCGAAUCUCUUAUCUUAAAAGUUAUCGAUGAACGUUGUAAUUUAUUUAGUUGCAAUUAGUAGAAGAUCUUCCAAGUAUGGCACGAGAUCCUGUUUCUCGGAAAUACGGGAACGAAACUCGAAAGCCAAGAGUUUGUUAUUUAUUAAUAAUGUUAUUGCAGUCGUAUUGUGACGCUGAAUGGGUUGAUAUAAAAUAUUUAUCGAUAUUACAAAUGCAACGUGCUCUUCGAAUAGAUAUUUAUUUCACAACGAUAUGAAUUUAUCAUAGUGCAAUGUAAGAUUAUUUAUUAUCGAAAGGAGACGGACGAAAGUGAGUACUUAUAAAAAGGUACAGGUUUUCGUGGGUGCAGCGAACGCACUUGUGCAAUGUCCUGCCAAUGCAAUUAAUAUUCAAGUAUUAUAUAUAUAUUAUAUAUACUGUAUACAUAUAUUUAGCGAAUAUUUAACUCUGUAUUAAAGAAGGCAAGGAUCGCGUAGGUUAACGCUAUAACGUAACUUUUCCGUAAAAGUUUUCUAGCUCAACGGCUAAACUGAAAAAUCUUAUUUACAAAAGAAAACGUGGAAACACGCGGACACACACAAACACACAGUUGCCCCUAUUUGUUCUUCUCUUCGUGUUUUCCUCGACUCUAUUACGAUUUAUCGCGUUGAUUUUUCGAUCGACUGCAAUCAAGUUUCAUUUCAACUUGCGAUAAAAUUGACUUCGUUUCCGUCAUACAGGCAGAUCCGAAGACGUUGUAAUUCGUUUAAACAAGUUUCGUGUAAAGCCAGAUUAUUGUAAGUUGUUACAGAAAGAGAUAAUUGAACUUUUCGCGAUGUUGGACGUGAGAGGUUGAAUUUUAUAGAACGACAAAGUUUUAUACGAAAUUCCACGUAUGUAUAAUAAAUAAUCCUGCACUAAAUUUUACAAGCUCGAAUAGCUAGAAAUAGGACCACUUUUUGGUCGCCGUUUGUUCGACAAAGGAACGAACGCGUUAUUUGCGACUGAAAAAUUCUCUUACGGAAUUUAUCUUGUAUACGAUCGACAAUAAAACGAAGAAACAUUUUAGGUACGCUGCAAAAUUAUCGCCGAUUUAGUUGCACUUAAGCGACGAUACGAUGUACGAAAUCAAGUUACAUUGUAAAAUAUUUCUUCCCUUUUCUUAAUUUCUCUUUGUCUUUUUAAAUCGGCACCGAUAUUCUUACAAUACAACAAACGUGUCAAGUAUUCCUUACUUUGCCCAUCUAUAAGACGAUUAAACGAUCAAAACUGGUGAAACGUUUGUCGUUUUCAGUCUUAAAUAUCGUGUUGGUUCCUGUUGAUCGAUAUGACGAGCGUUGAUAUCGACCGUCGCUCUAACGAACGAAUCGAACAAAGGUAAAAAUCGUGGAGAAAGAAGAAGAAAAGUAAAAGGAACGUUAUUUUAUCAUCGCUGAAAACUAACGUUUAAGGGAAGAUUAUUGUAAUCAGAGUACUCGCGUACCGUUUAUAUUUUCGAAGUAAUUUAGCUCGAUCGUCCCAUGUAAUAAUACUCUUUCUUGCAAGCAAUCUAUGUAAAACUAUGGCUCGGCGUUACGAUACAAACUGAAAAAGAGAAAGCAGAAACAGAUCGCGCGUAAUAGGAAGCGCGUACUUGGCCGACGCUGCGCGCCUGUACGAAAAUUUCACGAUCGAUCGUUCGCGAUUCCAUGCCUGUUCACCUCGUUCGCCACGACGUGUUGCGAUUAACUCGCUGAUCGAUCGAAGAAACAGAGGUCGAACGUACGCUUUGUAAGGUUCGCUAGAAGUAGGAACGAAACUGUAAACUAAUAAAUUUCGACGAAGAAACUUUA